GGCCUUCAAUCAGCUGGGCGUGGGGGAGCCGCCCAAGACAGUGCCGCUGCUGCCGCGCUUGGCGCAUCUGCAGUUGAACGACAACCCGGUGGCUGCAGAGCUGAUGGAGGAGUACCGGCCCUGGGUGCUUCGGAUGUCUCCUCAGCUGGAGGAGCUUGACAACGACACCGUCAGCGAGGAGGAGAGAAGGCGCGCGGUGGCGCCCAGCCGGCAUUCUCAGAGGCCCACCCGAGACGCGGUCGCCGCUGGCGCAGGCUUGCUAGGCCUGGUGGCUUGCAAGGCGCCAGCUCAGAGGCCGCCGGCCGAUCCGCCAGAGACCUGCGAAGGCGACGUCCCGGCGCCCGCGCGGACGACGGGCGCUUCGACGGCCGCGCGCUGGGCCGCCGCCUGGCGGGGCGGCGGCACGGCGCCGGAUGUGGCGGAGAGCGGAUGCCAGAUGUGCGCGCUUGCUGCUUGGUGUGAGGCUCUGAGCCGAAACCGGAGCGGUGCCCUAGUGGCUCACGUCGUGCAGGAGAGGUGGACAGGCCAGUUGCUGGCGAAUCCAAACACGGCACGGCUGCAAGAGGAGGUACUCUUUGCUCUGCGCAGGAGGCACGACUUUUGGACGGCCUUCCUGGAUCUCUGUGGGGCUCAACACGAUUCGCUGGCGGUGUGGCCCAAUCCGCGCGGCGCGGUGCUGCGGGAGCUGCACUUCGAAGCCCUGGGCUACGCCAAGUCCACGGCGGCGGUGCUGGUCAAGGCCCAAGCGCGCUGGCGCGGGGUCAAAGCGCGCCGGAGCUUCCGGCAGCUGCGGCUCGAGCAGAUCUGCCAGACCUUGCCACAGAGCCAGCUGGGUCAGCUCACCAAAGUGCAGGCGCUUUGGCGCGGCCAGCGCCGGCGCAGCAGCCUUCGUGCCCAGGGUGUGGUCCUGCCUUUGGACCGUCGCUCGGCGAAGCUCAAGCGCGCAGCCACGCAGCUCCAGGCGGCGCUGCGCGGCUCGCGGGUGCGCCGGAAGCUGCGCUGGGCGCGGGAAGUGUCCAGGAUGGUGGGCGAUGACCUCGAGGACCCCACGGCGGACCUGCAAGAGCUGCUGGCUGCGGCGCAGAGCGCCGCAGCAGAGCCGCUGAGUUUCCACCUAAGCCUUCCCCAGGGCGCCUCGCUUCCGCUGUCCCGUGCCUCUGCAUCGGCUGCGCCAGCGCCCGCGCCCAUGGUGGCGUGGAGCACGCCGCCCUCGACCUCGGCAGGUCGAUUUGAAGAUCGUCCGGAGAUCCGAGAAGGGCCUCGUGUGGAAGAAGCCGACUGUGGCAGUGUGGCGUCUCCGCGCAGCAGCCGCCCCGACUCCGGCGUGGGCCCGCGGCGCUCCAGAUCGCUCUCCUCCACGGCGGAGUCGGCCAUGACAGAGGCGGAAGGACCUCGAAGCCGGGCUCAGCACAUGAAGGAAGAAUGGGGCUUCAAGGACAUCGCCACGGCGCGGAAUGCCAUGAACGCCCAGCGGCGGCGGCCGAAGCCUCCCACCCUGCCCGGAGGGCCCUCCUCCUCGCACGGUCGGCCGACUGGGACUCCCACCCGCAAGUCCAGCAGCCUGUCCGCCACCAAGCGCAGAGGAGCUGCACAGGAGGCCAUCUUGGAGUAUCAGCGCCAGCAGGAGGCCGAGCAGAGCGCUGCAGAGUUCUGCAGUGGCUCGCCCAACCGGAAGCUUAUGCGCAGCUCCAAGAGCCUUUUCUGAGUCGCACAGACCAGCACUGCCUCGGCUCAUGCGCCGGGCUGGGCUUUGAGUUUGGUCAGCGCGCCAGGAGCAGAAUGUUGGUUUGUUUGACGGGUGGUUCUGCCAGAUAGUUGGCCCAACCCCAAACCAGGCAGCGAUUGCAGCAUGUAUCAAGCA